AUGGCGACCACCACCGUCACGGUCACUGAGACCCGAACAGAGCCCAUGACGGCUGACACCAUCCUCCGCCUCUUCCCCGACAUCGACACCAGCUCGGAGGCACUUUCCGGCCACGACGAGGAGCAGAUCCGGCUGAUGGACGAGGUGUGCAUUGUGCUGGAUGAUAAUGACAUGCCAGUAGGCAAGGCCAGCAAAAAGCUCUGCCACCUCAUGUCCAACAUUGACAAGGGACUGUUGCACCGGGCCUUUUCCGUCUUCCUGUUCAACGACAAAAACGAGCUGCUCCUCCAGCAGCGUGCCUCCGAAAAGAUCACCUUCCCCGACAUGUGGACCAACACCUGCUGCUCGCACCCUCUGGCCGUGUCCGGCGAGACUGGCUCCAACCUUCCCGAUGCUAUUGAAGGAGCGAAGCGUGCGGCGCAGCGAAAGCUUGAGCACGAGCUGGGCAUUAAAAAGGAGCAGGUUCCAAUCGAAAAGUUCCGAUUCCUCACACGUAUUCACUACAAGGCUCCCAGUGACGGCAAGUGGGGAGAACAUGAAAUUGACUACAUCCUGUUCAUCAAGACGAACGUCGAUCUCAAGCCCAACCCCAACGAGGUCCAGGCCACUCAGUACGUCAGCGCUGACAAACUCAAGAAGCUAUUCGAGGACCCCUCGUUGAAGUUCACCCCCUGGUUCAAGCUCAUUUGCAACUCGAUGCUGUUUGAGUGGUGGGCGAGCCUUGACUCUGGUCUGGAGAAGUACACCAACGAGCAGGAAAUCCGACGCAUGCUGUAA